AUGAGGAGCUCGAUGCGAUGUUCCCUCAGGAAGGGUACAAGAUAUUGGAUCCUCCCGCAUCAGAAUCGCGGGCAGCAGUUUGAUGUGCCGAAGGAGAUGCCUGGUGGUUUGCCGUUCAUGAAGACUGAGGAUUAUCAGUACUUCGGUUCGCUGCUGAACGGGGAGAUUAAUGAAGAGGAGUUGUCUCCCGAUGAGCAGAAGGAGAGGAAGAUCAUGAAGCUGGUGCUGAAGGUUAAGAAUGGUACUCCUCCUCAGAAGAAAACUGCCUUGAGGCAGUUAAUGGAUAAGACGAGGGAAUUUGGUGCUGGGCUGUUGUUCAAUCGCAUCCUGCCGCUGCUCAUGCAGCCAACACUGGAAGACCAGGAGCACUUGCUAGUUAAAGUUAUAGAUCGGGCGCUUUAUAAGCUGGACGAGUUGGUCCGUCCUUACGUGCACAAGAUCUUGGUAGUUAUUGAGCCACUGUUGAUAGACGAGGACUAUUAUGCAUGUGUGAAAGGGAGAGAAAUCAUCUCGAAUCCUAGCAAGGCAGCUGGGUUGGCCACUAUGAUUGUCGCUAUGCGUCCAGACAUAUAUAACAUCGAUGAGUAUGUUUGGAACACUACUGCAAGAGCUUUUAGCGUUGUGGCCUCUGCUUUAGGUAUUCUCUCGUUGCUCCCAUUUCUGAAAGCCGUGUGUCAGAUCAAGUCAUCCUGGCAAGCUCGUCACACGGCCCUUGUCGAGGCCUUGGCACCGUACGGUAUCGAGAGCUUUGACUUGGUUUUGAAGCCCCUCUGGAAAGGUAUACGGUCCCACCUCGGCAAAGUGCUGGUUGCUUUCUUGAAGGCCAUUGGUUGCAUCAUACCCCUAAUGGACGCAAUUUAUGCCAGCUACUGUACAAAAGAAGUCAUGGUCAUCCUGAUACGCGAGUUCCAAUCGCCCAACGAGGAAACGAAGAAGAUUGUUCUAAAAGUCGUGAAGCAGUGCGUUAGCACCGAAGGCGUGGAACCCGAUUACAUCAGGAACGACAUUCUCCCCGUAUUUUUCCGAAAUUUCUGGGUCCGAAGGAUGGCUCUCGACAGGAGGAACUACAAGCAGCUGGUCGAGACAACGGUUGAGAUUGCCAACAAAGUCGGUGUUGCCGAUAUAGUGGGCAGAAUAGUCGAAGACCUCAAGAUGAGAGAGCAAACGAGCGAUGAUGCGAAAGUGAUGCUCAACGGGUUCGGUGCGUUGGUCAACUCCCUUGGUCAAAGGGUGAAACCCUACCUCCCCCAGAUUUGCGGUACCAUAAAAUGGCGGCUCAACAACAAGAGCGUCAAAGAGAAUUGCAUAGACCUCGUGGGAAGGAUAGCCGACCGAGGGUCCGAGUUUGUGCCCGCUCGGGAGUGGAUGAGGGUAUGCUUGGAGCUUCUCGAGAUGCUCAAGGCCCACAAGAAAGGAAUCCGGCGGGCCACUAUUAACACGUUCGGCUACAUAGCCAAGGCCCUCGGCCCACAAGACGUGCUCGCGACCCUGCUCAACAACCUUAAUAUCCAAGAAAGGCAUAAUUUUAUCGUGUCUGCACGACUGUGA